UGUGUGUGUGUGUGUGCACCGGAUCCCGGCUGCGCUACAUUGUUGCCACUUCUCUCUGUGUGUGUGUGUGUGUGUGUGUGUGUGUGAGAGAGAGGAGCUCCGCGGGUCAGACUGCGCGCUGCACGCCGGGCCACGGAGCCUCUCUGGCGGGGAAGCACAGCACGGAGGAGUCGCUCGGUUAGUUGGGUGAGUUUGGUCGGGACUCGUUGUCGUCGCGGAGGGAUUCCUCCCCGGGACUCGGAGCGGUGACAGCGGGCUUCAGCAGCUCCCUCCGCCGCCGCCGCACAGCGCCAUGCCGGUCAGGAGGAAAGAUGCACAGCGGGCCCUGCGGCUGCUGGAGGAGUACCGGGCCAAGCUGCACCACGCCGAGGACCGGCAGCUCCGCCACUCCAUCCAGAGGGUCAUCGACAUCUUCCAGAGCAACCUCUUCCAGGCUCUCAUAGAUAUCCAGGAGUUUUACGAAGUGACCUUAUCCGACAGUCAGAGAUGGGUGGAGUCUUCCAAGGCGGCGGACCCCAUGGCGCCCGUCCACCUGUGGGACUUCUCCAGCCUUCAAAGCACAACGGUGACCUCGGACACUCUGCCCAGCCUUAGCACCAGCAUCGAGAAGUACAAGCACCACGAUGAGGACUCGUCCCCCCAGGACCAGAGCUCCCCCCAGCUGACGGAGGAGGCUGGGGGGCCGGAGCUGGUCCAGGUGGCAGAGAAGAACCUGUCCCAGAUCGAGAAUGUGCACGGAUACGUGACCCACGCUCACAUCUCCCCCAUGAAGGUAGCAUCUCUGGAGUGCAUCUUUGACGGUUCCUCAGCGUUAGGACAGCAGCACCUCCCGGAGCUCCCCUCCCCCACCUCCUCCACCCUCUAUUCCCACGGCGAGGACAGCCCCCUCCCCUCCUGCUCCUCCAACCCCUACCCCCCGAUCCAGCAGGCAGACGCCACCCCGCCCUCCUCUCCCAUAAUCCCCGUGAUCCCAGUCUCGCCAAUCGCAGCCGAGACCACCGUCAUCCCUCCGACGUCACAGGCCAACCCUCCCCCCGUGGUGGUCAACACAGACAGCCUGGACACGCCUCCUUAUGUGAACGGGACGGAGGCUGACUAUGAGUACGAGGAGAUCACGCUGGAGAGGGGGAACUCGGGUCUGGGCUUCAGCAUCGCCGGCGGCACAGACAACCCCCACAUCGGAGAAGACCCCAGCAUCUUCAUCACCAAAGUCAUACCUGGAGGAGCCGCGGCCCAGGACGGACGGCUCAGGGUCAACGAUGUCAUCCUGAGGGUCAACGAGGCGGACGUCCGGGAUGUGACCCACAGCCGAGCCGUGGAGGCCCUGAAGGAGGCCGGCUCUCUGGUCCGACUCUACAUCCGCCGGAGGAAACCCGUCUCUGAGAAAGUGAUGGAGAUCAAACUGGUGAAAGGACCCAAAGGUCUUGGCUUCAGUAUAGCAGGCGGAGUUGGGAACCAGCACAUCCCGGGCGACAACAGCAUCUACGUCACCAAGAUCAUCGAAGGAGGAGCUGCACAUAAAGACGGGAGGCUGCAGAUCGGAGACAAACUGCUCGCUGUGAACAGCGCCUGUCUGGAGGAGGUGAGCCACGAACACGCCGUCACUGCCUUGAAAAACACCCCCGACGUGGUCUACUUGAAAGUGGCUAAACCCAACAGUGUCUUCAUGAACGACAGCUUCGCCCCGCCCGACCUCACCAACUCGUACUCCCAGCACAUGGAGAACCAUAUCAGCCCCCCCGCCUUCCUGGGUCAGCCCCUCUCCCCGCCGGCAUCCUCGGGACGCUUCUCCCCGACCCCAAAGAGCAUGCUGGGAGACGACGACGUCACCCGGGAGCCCAGGAAGGUGGUGCUGCACAGAGGAGCGACCGGACUGGGCUUCAACAUCGUGGGCGGAGAGGACGGAGAGGGGAUCUUCAUCUCCUUCAUCCUCGCUGGAGGACCAGCUGACCUCUGUGGAGAGCUGAGGAAAGGAGACAGGCUGGUCUCUGUGAACGGGGUGGACCUCCGCAACGCCACCCACGAACAGGCGGCCGCCGCCCUGAAGAACGCCGGGCAGACGGUCACCAUCAUCGCCCACUACAGACCAGAGGAGUACAGUCGGUUUGAGGCGAAGAUCCACGACCUGAGGGAGCAGAUGAUGAACAGCAGCAUCAGUUCUGGAUCUGGAUCUUUGCGGACGAGUCAGAAGAGGUCGCUGUACGUCAGAGCUCUGUUUGACUACGAUAAGACCAGAGACUCGGGUCUGCCCAGUCAGGGUCUCAACUUUAAGUUCGGGGACAUCCUCCACGUGGUGAACGCCUCCGACGACGAGUGGUGGCAGGCCCGACAGCUGACGUCCCAGGGGGAGGUGGAGGAGGUGGGGGUGAUCCCCAGCAAGAGACGGGUUGAGAAGAAGGAGCGAGCGAGAUUAAAGACGGUGAAGUUCAACGCAAAGUCUCGAGACCGAGGGCAGUCUCUCAAUGACAAGCGUAAAAAGAACCUCUUUACCCGAAAGUUUCCGUUCUACAAGAGCAAAGAGGCGAGCGAGCAGGAGACCAGCGAUGUCGACCAACAUGUGACGUCUAACGCCAGCGAUAGUGAAAGUAGCUACCGCGGUCCGGAGGAGUUCGUUCUGUCGUACGAACCCGUCGCUCAGCAGGAAGUGAACUACACCCGUCCCGUCAUCGUGCUCGGCCCCAUGAAGGACCGCAUCAACGACGACCUCAUCUCAGAGUUCCCCGACAAGUUCGGUUCCUGUGUUCCCCAUACGACCCGGCCGAAGCGGGACUACGAGGUGGACGGCAGAGAUUAUCACUUCGUGGUGUCCAGAGAGCAGAUGGAGAAGGACAUCCAGGACCACCGGUUCAUCGAGGCGGGGCAGUACAACAACCACCUGUACGGGACCAGUGUGCAGUCGGUCCGAGAGGUGGCCGAGAAGGGUAAACACUGUAUCCUGGACGUGUCGGGGAACGCCAUCAAGAGACUCCAGCUGGCUCUGCUUCAUCCCAUCGCCGUCUUCAUCAAACCCAAAUCUGUGGAGAACAUCAUGGAGAUGAACAAGCGUCUGACGGAGGAGCAGGGCAGGAAGACCUUCGACAGAGCGACCAAGCUGGAGCAGGAGUUCACCGAGCAUUUCACCGCCAUCGUUCAGGGCGACACUCUGGAGGAGAUCUACGAUCAGGUGAAGCAGAUCAUCGAGGAGCAGUCGGGUCCGUUCAUCUGGGUUCAGUCCAAGGAGAAGUUAUGAGGAUCAGAACUCUGCUCCAUCGCUCCUCCUCUCUUUAGAUCCCGCUGCUUUUAUUUUGAAAAGGAAAGCCCCCCCCCCCCCCCCUUCUCCUCCUCUUCCCUAAUCAACGACACCACACACCGACUGACCAGAGUUUUAUUUUGUAGUUGUUUUGGCCUGAAUAAGACUCCAUUGUUGGGUUUCCUGACCAGCAGAGUCACGCACACAGGAAGUAUGAUGACAUCACACACAACACGGUACAGCUCCUUAAUGUUUAAGGGAGGAGAAGAAGAAGAAGAGGAAGAAGAAGGAGAAGAAGGAGAAGAAGCAGCAGCUUUCAUCUUUCUGUUUGAGGUUUCUUUUCUCUCGUGAGGACAGACGGAGGUUUCAGUCUCAGCGUCUGUCGGUCCAGAAGGAAGCGGAGACACAAAAAAGCAAAACUUUGCACGUUUGAGCUUUAACAGCAUGUCGCUAAUAACACUGUUUAUUUCCCAUCAGCCCCUUCAGCGUCUGACGUCACAGCUUUUCUUCUUCUGCUCUGCAGUUCUUCUUCUUCUUCUUCUUCUUCUCCUUCUCCUUCUUCUUCUCCUUCUCCCUCUUCUUCUUCUUCUUCUCCUUCUUCCUCUUCUUCUUCCUCUUCUUCUUCUUUGUCUCUGGAGUGGCCUCACGUUUUCUUGGAUGUUGUAGUUCUUUGCUGCAGGACGCUCUGCAGGGCUGCUGCUCUGCUGCUAGGGGGCGCUGUGGAGGAUUCUAGAAGAGGACGUCAUUUUAACAGAUGACGAAGAAUCUCCUUUCACUUCAUCGAGUCUGAUUUUAUUUUCCUCAACAUUGAUAUUUGAGACCUUUAGUUUGACCCCCGUUUUGAUGAGGUCAAAGGUCACAGCGUUCAUUAUUCUCAACACUCAAAGAAACAUUUCCUCAACUCAUUUCUGUCUGCAGCUCCUUUUAUUUAAAGCUAAAUAAUAUUUCACUUUAUUUUACUUUCCUUAGAAGUUAAGAAAACAUUCAAAUCAUUUUUUUUCAACGACAUUAAAUUAUUUUAAAAGAACACAUGACCUCCUAAUUAUGGCUCAUUAUCACCAGAAAACUCAUCAUUUCCUUUUAAUGAUAUAAAUGUUGUUCUUAUCUCAUAGUUAGAAAAUGAAAUGUGAAAGGUAAUCAAUAUCAACAUAUAAAUAAACAAAAGUUCAAGGGUACUUAUGAUAAUGAGAAAAUCAUAAUUAUGAGAAAAUUAUUAUAAUUAUAAGAAUAAUCUCAAAAAUAUGUUUUUUCUAAUGUGAGAAAAUGCAAAAUUACAAACAAUAAUAAUACUCAUUCAUGAUCACAAUGAACUAUCUCAUCAUUUUCUUUUAAUGAUAGAAAUGUUCAAAUGUUCAUUCAUGAUUAGAAAAUGAAAUGUGAAAGAUAAUCAAUAUAAAUAUAUAUAAUUAGUUAAAGAGUUCUUAAAAUCAAAUGCAAAAUUACUGGAAAACUAAAUAUCUUAAACUUUCAUGAUUGUCAAAAUAAUAAACAAUAAUUAGAAGAAUACUGAAUUAAAAGAAAACUACUUUAUAAUGAGAAGAAGCUGGUUAUUGUUAUUAAAAUAUUUAUUUUGUGGAAUUUAGAUCUUUUAAUUAUAAAGAUAUAAGAUCUUUAUUUCAUGAUUCACAAAAACACUGAAUAUGUGAAAAUGAAUAAUUGAGAGUCGUGAGAUUGUUUUCUCGUAUCUCAUAAUUAUAACUUUUAGUUUAUUUCUCUUUUAUUAGAAACCAGAAAUAUUCUCUUCGUCUUAAGGAAACGAGUCUUUAAAGACAGAACGACUUGACGAGAUGUUUCUUUUCAUUCAAACCUGAUGUUUCAUCUUCAUCAUCUUCAUCAUCGUCGUCGGGGUGUUUGGGGUCGUGCCCUCUUGUGACGCGGGUUCGAUCCCCGUCAGACGUCCGUCAGCGUGGUCAGUGUCUUACCAUGAAAAAAAGCCGAUGUCGAUCAUGUGAUCAUGUGAUGAUUUGUGGAGACGAACACGCAGGUUAUUAUUGUACAAUGAGAUUUUGACAGAUAUUUAACCCUCGGUAAACUGCCUAUUUUGUUAUAAUAAAAGUCUAUAUUGAACUUUACUUAAGCACUACUACUACGGGAAUUACUUUCUUUGCAUUGUUAAUCAUAUAUGAAUAGAAAAGUAUAAAGAUAUUUGAAUAUGAAUAUAUAUUUUUUUCUUUUUCUUUGAUCACCACCUCCUCUGUCUUUUAAUUUUCUUUUUU